AGGACUCAUUUGGAGCUUUACUGUAAAAACAUGCCCAGUCCUUCCCAAGACAACCAAGAGUGCCUCCAGAAACAUUUCUCCGGGCCAUCUAUGUGGAAGCAACUUCUGCCCCUGCCUAGGGCUGAGGGAUAUAAUGCAAAUAUUCACCAGACCAUGGAAAAUGAAGGAAGCCCCGAGGCUGUGCGUGACGUCAAGACUUUCCCCCCUGCACAGCUCUCAGACGCGCCCGCUGCCCCGAAGCUGCUCAACCUGCUUUUUAGCACGCUCUCUGGCCUCGCGCGAUUCUUCUCUCACCUUCUCCAGCGACCCCCUUCUGGGGCUCCCCAGCGGCACCCGGACUUCUCCCUCCUGCUUCCCGCUUGCGCCCUGCCGGCGGCUGGGCUCUCGCGGGGGCACGGGGAGCGGCCAGGCCGCCUCUCGCUGCUGCUCCGGGCGGCUCUGGCACUGCCUAGGCCCCCAGGGGGACGCCUGCCCAAGGAAGAGGAUGCCUGCGCGGGGCAGAGCUCGCCCAUGCCCCCCGUGGGAUCCGAGCGGACGGAGGUGCGGAAACGGCAGAUGCCCGCGGCCCAGGAGACCACCGGCCCCGCGCCGGGCCAGCACGGAGCGGGGAGCCGCGGCUCCAACGCCUGCUGCUUCUGCUGGUGCUGCUGCUGUAGCUGUUCCUGUCUUACUGUUAGAAACCAAGAAGAACAGAGACCCAGGAGGGCCUCCCAUGAACUCAGACGAGAAGACCUUCCAACCUGUGAAGAAAGCCCAAGCCCCACUCUGGAAGAAGUCAGCGCCUGGGCUCAGUCGUUCGACAAGGUAAUGCUCACCCCGGCGGGAAGGAAUGCCUUCCGGGAGUUCCUCCGAACAGAAUUCAGUGAAGAAAAUAUGCUCUUCUGGAUGGCGUGUGAGGAGCUGAAAAAGGAAGCUAAUAAGACCGUUAUCGAAGAGAAAGCAAGGACAAUCUACGAAGACUACAUUUCCAUUCUUUCUCCGAAAGAGGUCAGCUUGGACUCCCGCGUAAGAGAAGUCAUCAACAGGAACAUGGGAGAGCCCUCCCAACACAUAUUUGAUGACGCCCAACUUCAGAUCUACACCUUAAUGCACAGAGACUCGUAUCCCCGGUUCAUGAACUCUGCCCUCUAUAAAGAUUUGCUUCAGUCCUUAUCUGAGAAAUCAGUCGAAGCAUAG